UCAUCUCGUGAUGGUUUGGCUGCCACAGCUGCACGUCUCCCCCGCAACGAUUCUGGUUAAUGAUUGGAUGGUGGAGCUUGCACGGAUGGUCCUAACGCGCAGGAGUCUACCGACAUUGAUAUCCCCGGAACGCAUUCGGAAUGUUCCCCCGUCGCCCACAAGCAUUCCUGCGCAAAGCAAGGACAGAUCGGGUGUGCAAGUAUGGUGGUACCUUGAGGGCUUUCUGUCUGGUAGUCAGCUUACGAUCGGCCACAACAAAGUUUUGAACAACGACACUGUUCGUCCUGGCGCUUCGGGGCACCUCCUCGGCCUGGAAGGAGUCGUCGCCGACAACGAUAUUCCCGCCAGCUCUCAUAACCGGAGCUCUCGAACCGGGCUCUGGCUCUCUAAGCUCUAUUUCGCUCGCUGAAACGGAAGCAAAAGGCUUGCAUCUUCCUUGGUGUUUUUCCAUUAGCUUACUUAUAAUGCUAUCGGUAGUAAUUUUGUCCCUGACGCUCAAUCUACCGCGGACGCGCAGGUUAUCACCAACGAACGCACUGUCCCUGACGUUCAGGUCAUCGCCGACGAGCAGGUCUCUAGCGACACCUAGAUCCCCGGAUCCAACCCUACCGUCGAAAGUGCCCACCACCAUACCUGCGGGAAGCAAGGAUAGCAGAAGUGUGCAGGUGGGUGGCACUAUAACGGCUCUCUGUG